AAUAACCCUCCUUCCCAACUUCCCAAGUGGCCGGUUGUCUCACGGCUGCCCGGCGAGGGACUCCCAGCUGCUCUGGACAAGCACCAGCCGAGCCUGCGGACAUUUACAAAAGGGUUAAGUCCAUCCCCGGUGGGUGAAGGUAAACGGCUCUGGGGGAACAUGGAUCAUCUCAGAUAACCAACUCCCCCCCCCCCCAAAAAAAAAGCCCCGGUCUCCAGGACAAUUGCCCCCCUCCCCACCCCACCCCACCCCCCCCUUUUUUUUGGGGGGAGGGGCAGGGGUGUAACAAUGAACAGCAGCUGCGGCUCAAGGGCGGCUGAGCGACUGAAGGAACGCAGCGGUUUUGAAGCAGUCCCUUUCCCCAAGCUCCGGAGCGGUCACGUCCCUGAAGGGUGGGCUUCGGCCGGAGCGGUCAGCGAGGUCCAGCGGCAGCGGGGCCGGGCCCCGGUCAAAAGGGGCAAGGCGAAGAAGCGGGAGAAGGUUGACGGGGGUGGGGCGGCGGCUCAGAGCCAGCGCUGGAACCCCGGCGCCAGCGAUUCCGGCCCCGCCGGCCGCAUCUAUGAACCCCGACCCGCCAGGGCCUUCUCGGCCGAGGAGGCUCGGGCUACGAUCGGCACCGUGCUGGAGGGCAGGCUGAAGGAGGCCGUGUACCAGCCGCAGGGCUCGGCUCUGGCCGCCCUGGAGCUGGCCGAGUGCGUGAAGGCGGCGGUGAAGGCGCUGGGCUACCAGAGGUACAAGAUCGUCUGCUACCUGGUCUUAGGGGCGACCAGAGCCUCGGACCUGUCUUGUUCCAGCCGAGCGGUCUGGAGUCCGGCCGCGGACACGUACGCGGAGUUUUGCUUCCGGAACCGUUCGCUCUUCGCUCUCUGUCUGGUGUUUGCUGUGUAUCAGGAGUAAAUUAAUAAAAAAAAGGCAACAGGGGUCCCCUCUCUUGGACUCGAACUCAAGUUCGGUCGAAGGGUCAUGAGGACUCGAAGCGUCAGCUCUUUUUCUUC